GCGGUCCCAAAGCGCAACGUGGUCCCAUACGCCAGUUAUAGUAGAGUAGUAAUAGGUCCAGCGCUUCCGGAGUGUCCUGUCCUAGGAGGCCACUCGCCACUCGCCACUCGUAAAAGCCAGAAAAGACCGUACACACAGAACACAGUCCAAAUAGCCAGUUAUGUGUGGUCCCAGUUAUUGCACACUGCUGCUAAUCGCGGCUUCCUGUUACGUCCUCGUUUGCAGUCAGGCAAAGUCCUUGCAGGGCACGAGCAAACUGGAUUUGGGAAAUCACAUCAACGCAGGCUCUGCCAGAGGAUCAACAUCAUCAUCAACUUCCCUUGAAGCGCGCCAAAAACGCGCCAUGGGCGACUACAAAGAGCUGACUGACAUCAUUGACGAGCUGGAGGAGAAUAGCCUGGCCCAGAAGGCGAGUGCCACGGUGCCGUUGGCCGCCGUACCGCAACAGGGCCAAGAAUUUGAUUUGGAUAGCAUGCCACCACUGGCCUAUUACCUGAUUCUGCAGAAGCUGCGACAGCUGCAGAGCAAUGGCGAACCCGCAUAUCGCGUGCGAACGCCACGCCUUGGCCGCAGCAUUGACUCCUGGCGACUCCUGGACAGCGAGGGAGCGUCGGAAAUGGCGGGUGGAGAGGAGGCCAUUGGUGGCCAGUUCAGGCAGCGCAUGGUUAAGAAAUCGGUGCCGUUCAAGCCACGCCUGGGCAAACGUGCUCAAGUGUGCGGCGGCGAUUGAGUCACGACAAGGACGCAAGGACAUGCCACCGAACCGGACGGAGGACGAACCCAGGACAAGGUUGAGGCCAGGCGACUGGCCCUCGAGCUAACUUAAAAACCCCCAACCCCCCAGAACAUUAAUGGCCAGCUGAAUUCGACGCGACGCAAAAAUAAUCCACAUAUGCAUAGUGAAUGACUACUAGUUACCAGCGCUAUAACCCUGUUUUUGAGAGGAACUAAUGAUGUGUAUAUAUAGUACAUAUAUUUAUUAUUUAUUUGAAUAAAUUGCAGCCCCCAAAAA